GUCCCCGCCGGGGCAGGACCCCCAUGGCUGGCGGGUGCCCGUGGACUGCGUGCGAGCCAACGAGCUGUGCGCGGCGGAGCCCAGCUGGAGCUCCCGGUUUUUUUGCCUGGCCGGCCGCGACAGGAACACCAUGCUGGCCAACAAGGAAUGCCAGGCGGCCCUGGAGGUGCUGCAGGAGAGCCCCCUCUACGACUGCCGCUGCAAGCGAGGGAUGAAGAAGGAGCUUCAGUGCCUUCAGAUCUACUGGAGUAUACACCUGGGGCUGACCGAAGGAGAAGAAUUUUAUGAAGCUUCACCCUACGAGCCAGUCACCUCUCGUCUCUCUGAUAUAUUCAGACUUGCUUCAAUUUUCUCAGGAAUGGACCCCGCCACCAACUCCAAAAGCAACCACUGCCUCGACGCAGCCAAAGCCUGCAACCUGAACGACAACUGCAAGCGCCUGCGCUCGGGCUACAUCUCCACCUGCAGCAAGGAGAUCUCCGCCACCGAGCACUGCAGCCGGAGGAAAUGCCACAAAGCUCUGCGCCAGUUCUUCGACCGCGUCCCCAGCGAGUACACCUACCGCCUCCUCUUCUGCUCCUGCAAGGACCAGGCUUGCGCCGAGCGCCGGAGGCAAACCAUCGUUCCCUCCUGCUCCUACGAGGAUAAGGAGAAGCCCAACUGCCUGGAGCUGCGCAACACGUGCCGGACGGAUCACCUCUGCCGGUCCCGGCUGGCGGAUUUCCACACCAACUGCCAAGCAUCCUUCCAGUCCCUGACCGGCUGCCCCGGGGACAACUACCAGGCGUGCCUGGGCUCCUACGCGGGGCUCAUCGGCUUCGACAUGACGCCCAACUACGUCGACGCCAGCACCACCAGCAUCACCAUCUCGCCCUGGUGCUCCUGCAAAGGCAGCGGCAACAUGGAGGAGGAGUGUGAGAAGUUCCUCCGAGACUUCACAGAAAACCCCUGUCUCCGAAACGCCAUCCAAGCCUUCGGCAACGGCACCGACGUGAACCUCUCCCCCAAGAACCCAUCACCCCCCAUCACCCUGCCGCCGAAGACAGAGAAGAGCCCUGCCUUGCCCGAUGACAUCAACGACAGCAACACCAUGUACGACACGAGCGUCAUCACCACCUGCACCUCCAUCCAGGAGCACGGAGCGAAGCUAAACAAGUCCAAAGAGCAGAGCCUGUGCUACUCAGAGCUCACCACGGACAUCAUGCCGGACCAGAAGACGUCAGGGAGAAACAUCUCCAUCCAGGAGCUGAUGCCACGUCUGCUGUCGGCCGGGUACCUGCACCCGCGGGAGAUGUCCAUCCCGCUCCCCGGAGCUCCUCGGGUCUUCCAGCUGUGGAGGCAUCAGCAGAAAGCAAAGAGCUUCCGAUGA